AUGAGGUUCACUGAAAUCUCCCAUUUCAGCCACACCCACCACAAGCUCAAAUACCACCGAGCGGAGGCUCCCUUCAAAUGCGACGGCUGCAAGGAGAUUGGGAUCGGCUCCGCCUACAAGUGCGGCGCCGCCGCCUGCGACUAUGACCUCCACACCCACUGCGCCGUCCCUUCCCCUUCCAUUGCCCACCCUUUCUACACAGGUUGCUCCUUCCAAUUUCUCAGCCGGCCGCCGGGGACGGAGGCGCGUUACUGCAACGCGUGCGAGCGGCCGGUGACUGGAUUUCUGUACCACUGGUCAUCAUCCGAGGCCCGCCAACCCGGCGGGCCGAGCCUGGUUAGGCCGUGGCCCGUGAAAUGGCAACUUCUAAUUGUGACAUCUAUCUACCUUAUCCAUGUCAGGUGCGGGCGGAAGGGGAGGAGCUGGAGCUACAGAUCAUCAUGCAAGAAGUACAACCUACACGUGGCGUGCGUUAAGGACAUGCUUGUUGACAGCUGGCACGAGCUGUAUGAUGGUGUCAGCUACAGCGACAAAAGCGAAAGGCGGGUGCCCAGCCUGAAAGCCACGCUGGAAGCCCACACCACUCACAAGAGGCCCAAAGGCAAAGCCCAAAAAUGCUGUGAGGUGGCUGGGCUGGCCCUGCAGUUUGUGGUCUCGGCUGUUCUUGGGGACCCCACUAUUCUCAUUGCCGGUAUAGUAGGCACCUUAAUGUCAAAAUAA